AUGGCGGAGGAGAAGAAACUCCGCGACAACGUGCCUCGAGUCAAGAGGUUCAAUGCCUUGGGCACCACGAUUUUCGUCGGCCUUCGCGCGGCCGACGCCUUCCUCCAGACCUAUCUAAUCCGGAACGGGUGGGCAGCCAACUUCAUCACAAGACUCGGCGGACAACCGGUACUCCCUACCACCGUUUUCACGACCGAGGGGGGUUUGCAGCCCUACUAUCACGUCAUUUCGCUCAUGGCGGCCGGCAGCAGUAUAAAGCAGAUCGCAACGAUGCUCUACGUCUCGGAGCAGGAGAUGCCUCCACGAGAAGCCACUGCCAUUUCAGCCUUCAACACAAUUAUCAAUUCCCUGAAUACUCUCUUUUCCCUCUGGGUUCUCACCUCGCAGGCGCCCGCUCCCGGGCCCCUGGAAUCCCUCCUGCAGUCGCCUGCCGUCAUGAUCGGUAUCGGACUCUAUGUCGCCGGCAUAUCGACCGAGAUGAUUUCGGAACUACAGCGCACCUUCUUCAAGAGGAAUCCAUCCAAUAAAGGCAAGCCAUACGCUAAUGGCUUGUUUUCCCUCGCGAGACACAUCAACUACGGCGGCUAUACGAUCUGGCGCUCUGCCUACGCGUUCACUUCUGGGGGGUGGCCGUGGGGCCUGGCCGUCUUCUCGUUUUUCUUUUAUGACUUUGCGUCGAGGGGCGUUCCUGUUCUGGACCAAGCGGACGAAGACUGCGUCUACCCGAGUUCAAGGCAAACCGCGACUGGCAAGCGGAAGCAGCUCCGAGAUCUCGAGGCUAGGAUAGAUCAACUGCAAAAUCAGUUCAAUAGCUUUACUGCUAAAUUCCAUGCUGAUGCCGAGGCCGAUAUUGAUACCGAUAUCGAUAUUGAUACUGGUUCACCCAGCACUACUACUCAACGUCUGGCACCUGCUUCCGAAUUCGGUGGUCACGCAUCGCAGUCAUCUAGCUCAGUGGCCAAUACGGUCGACUGUGCUACGUUCGUCCCCGAGUUGAGCAAUAUCAUUGAGCAGCUACCAGACUCCGAUCCGAACCUUCAAGAAGAGCUACUCGAUCAGAGCGAUCCAAGCACUUGCGAUGCUUUUAUGCCGCUAGUCAAGCCUCCUCAAGAUUGGACGGAAUUUGAGGAGCGUCGCAGGACGUGGUGGGUCGGCUUUUCGGCCGACUGUCUGGUCGCCGCAACCACGGGCCUUCCCCUGUUGAAUAAUGUGAAACAUCCCUCCAAUUUCCUCCCCGCCCCAGAAGACAAUUUCUCGAGCGGCCGUGAAGUGGUCACGACCACUCUCGACGACGCGCUCAAAGAUCCCGCAACGAGACCUUCGAUUUUCGGCCUUAGGGUGAUCCUCUCGCAUUUAUUCUGCCAAUCGGUAGAAGCUAGGUCUGCGCCAUGCCCCUGGGAUGGCGUAAACGGAACGAUAGCAGACAGUUAUUGGAGUCGCCACGUCGAGAUCGACAAUAGCCUGGGUGUCGUGUCAUCCCUCCUGCCUGAGCUAUCCCCGCCAUACCGAUGCCAACAUUCGGUGUUUGUCAACAUCUUAUUCCACGUAGCUACCAUCUGUCUCCACAACGCCGUGAUACGCAAGGCGCGGAAUGACGGCUGCCCGGUUCCCGAAGAAAUAGUCCGUCAAAGCCUGGACCAGGUCUUCGCUGCAUCGGACAAGAUCAUCCAACUGCUGAGCGUUUGGCAGGGUCUGAAGAUAGCGCUUAGGAAUCCUAUACUAGUGUUCUUGGUGUACACGACUGCUCUGGUAUUCAUCGAACGCUCUGUGCAGGAGGAAAACCUGGACUGUCGGAACAAGGCGUUGUUUCUGUUUAAUCUUUUGAACUCCGUUGUCGAAACGCACCCGGUGGCCAAAAUGCAGGCUGCUCGCUUGGCGGCGGAUCUAGAAAAGGCAGGGAUUGACCCAUCAGCUCAGACAGAGUUGGGAGUAUCAUAG